AUGGGUGAGAACGUUCAUCCGGCAGAGACAAUCAAUAGCAGUAGUGGUAAACGAUGCAAAUUGGUACCGCUGAGUGGAUUGAGGGUAUUCGAAUUAAAGGAGGAAUUGGGUAAACGAGGACUGGAUAGGACGGGUAUCAAGGUGGCGUUGAUCGAACGUCUUCUUAUGGCAAUACGUAAUGAAGGGCACAAUCCAGAAACGUAUCAAUUUUCUGUGGUUGAAUAUUCGAAAGAUUCGUCUUCCCCACCGCUGUCUUCAGAUGAGCAAGCCGAGAACAGCGCUGAAGCAAAAGACUCGAAUGUGUUAGACUCGUCGUCGGAAACUGCCACAUCUCAUCCGGAAAGUCUGCGCACGAUGAGUGAUGAAAAAGAGUCGGACGCUAAAGAAAUUGAGGAUGCGAACGCGUUGAAUGAAGAACGAAAAGAGCAUGCAGAUAAAAUUGACGAAGAAGACGUCAAAAUUAGUCGAGUACAAGAUGAUACGACUGGCAAAAACAACAGAUCUGAUGAAGAGAGGUCAGUGAAUAUGGCCGGUGGUCAAGGUGAAGCUCAAGUCGAGCAGGGAACAACGAUGAGAAGUAGUGCACAGUCUUCUUCUUCAUCUCCGCAAAAUCAUCAUUCACUGUGGGUGAGAGGAAUUGGUGCAAAUACAAAGGCUUCCGAUCUGAAGAAUCUAUUCUCACGAUGUGGUCAUGUGAUCAGUGCAAAAAUCUUUAUACGUCGUCAACAACCCAAAAAUCUUUAUAUUGGUUUCGUAACAAUGAUCGAUUUGGAAAGUGCAAAACGAUCGAUAAAAACGUUCAAUAAAACUAUUUUCAACGAUCACCCACUCAAUGUUCAGUUGGUUGAUAAAUCGAAAGCGUUCUCAAUAAAAGCAAAAAACGCUGCAAAAACGCAGCUCGAUGUCAAGCAAUCGAGCGAUGCUACACUCGAUCAAUCGUCACCUGUCGAAAAGAACGUCGCUCCACAAAGUGACACUCAACCGAAUCAAAACGUUUCUGAGCAAAUCAAUACCUCUUCAUCAGAUAACGAACUUCACAUAGACGAAAGGGAAGAAUCGCCUGAGAAAGAGAAUAGUGAAGUGAAUGUAAGAGCAGUUGAAGAGGAUACAAUGAAAAAAGAUCAACUCGAAGAAACGACCAAAGAAAUGGUAAUGAACGAUUUCGAAGCAGAUCAACACGACCACCAGAGGAGGAGUGCUGAAGAUGUUCGGGAGAACGAAGUGAAAGCAGACGAAUGUGUGCACGCUGAGGAUCGAUGCAGUGAUAAGGCAACACCAGAGAAAAUCGUUGAGAAAGAGAGCGGCUCAACGUCAAAUGUCAACACCCCGAAUGAAAUUCUGAAACAAACUCAGCCAAAACUAACAAACGAGCUUCUGAAGUCAAAUAAUUCACUGUGGAUUCAAGGCAUCAGUUCGGAUACGAAAGCAGCACAUCUCAAGACGAUGUUCUCGAAGUGCGGUCGUGUGCUGACAUCGAAAAUAUUCGUGAAACGUCAACAAAUGUCGAAUUCAUAUUUCGGUUUUGUGGCCAUGAUCAACAGUCAAUGUGCUGACGAAUGUGUGAAGCAGUUUCAUAAUGCCGUUCUUAACGGACAGCAAAUCAGUGUUGAAAGGGUUCGUUCACUUCAUCUUUCGCUGUCAUAUUAUGGUAUGUUUAAGGCUGAUUGUGUGGAUAUGGCCGUGCGCAUUCCGGAGAUGAAAAAGAAGAGCGAAAGUGAUGCUGAACAACGGACAAGCAGUUCGGAAAAAGACUCGAAGAAUUCAAUGAAAGGAACUAAAAAGCAUUCAAUUGAGAGUAAGAAAGAUGAAAAAAAUUCGGCAUUCAAGAAGCCGAGUUCACCAUCUGAUAAGGAGACUAAAUUGGGCAAACGAUCCAGCAGCCGUCAUCACCGUACAUCUCAAAGUUCAGAGUACGAAGUUGCAGACAUAAAUUUGAGAUUGUUAAUAUCGUUUUACGGUGAUAAAAUUCGUUUACCGACAAGUACAACUAUCAAGUGGUUUAGUGGUAACAAUCGGAAUGCCGAUGCUCCGGCGAGUGGAUUCAAAUUCAAGUUGAGAUUAAACGAAGCAGUGGCUAAGGUUCUAGAAGCGCAUGUGGUUGAUAUCAUUUUUGUUCACGAAAGUAGCGGCUCGAGUAAGCAAGCUAUUCUCAUCUCAUCGAGAGCUCUCGAUGAAUAUAAAUGGAAACGACGAAAGGUGUUGCAAAUGCGUCAGGCGGCUCGAAGAUAUCGCCCGUCAAUACGGCCACCAACUGUUUCCGAUGACUUGUUGGCACGAGCGCAUAAACGUGAUAUACGAAGCAAUCGUUCGUCAGCAUUUCCGAAACCAAAAAGUGCACCCCUGCCGCUGUCUGCAAUAUCACUAGUCACUGCAGCCAAGACGUCACGCACUCGGCGCCGUUCACCCCCUCCAGGACCAUCGAAUAUGAUGCGUCCAAUUUCAAGACGAGAACGGUUAUUCCCACCUCGUCGUCCAUCACCUCCAUAUCGUCGCUCACUGCUCACAUCAAAUCCGCCGAAUGUGUUUGAGGAUCAGAAGCGUUCCCCACCUCAUCUUCUACCGAUCGAAGAUGAUCGUCCAGUUCGUCAUCGUCUCUCACCUCGCGCUAUUUCACCGUCGAUGUUCGUUGAUGAACGCGGGAUUGGUCGUGAUGUUGUUCCACCGCCAUCACACUAUCGUCGUCGAUUAUCUUCACACUCACGUUCAAGAUCGCGUGAAUCUCGACCUCGUUUCGAGCAUUCGUCACCACCACUACCACCACCAGCACAUACUCUUCCGUGGAGCCAUGAUAUGUGUGCAGCCAGAAAAGAAGAGGAAGAGCAAAUGCGUAUUCGUGAAGAGGAACGUGCGUUGCACGAAGAACGAAGUCGGCUGAAACGCGAACGUAAUCGCAUCGAACGUGAACGGAAGAUGAUCGAAAAAGAGCAGUUGAAGAGACAGUUGCGUUUGAAGGUUGAUAUGGAACGUGCAGCAAAACGUGAACAAGAGAUCGAUUUGCAGCGAGCACAUGAUCUGGAAAGGAAACGUGCCGAGGAUAGCGAUCGUGCUGCCGAAAAGGGUCUCCUCAACGCAGAAGUGGAGUUAGCGCAACGUGAACGACUCGCUGUUGAACAGAAACGCUUGGAAGCUGAACGUGAACGUGAACGUGCGGAACGUGAACGCAUCAUGGCAGAGCGUAUCGCAGUUGAACGUGAUCAUGCGGCGGAACGUGAACAAAGACGAAUGCGUAAAGAACGAUUCGCUGAAGAGAAACUGAGAAGAGAAAAUGAACGCAUGGAUCAUAUUCGAGUCGAAGAAGAGCAUAAGAGAGAGGAACGGCUCAGACUGGAACGAGAACGUGUGCAUGCUGCAGGAGAGAGAGUUGAUCGUGCGGAACGAUUCAAACUAGAGCAUCACCGGAUUGCGGAACAGCAACGAAUGCACAAGCAACAUGAGCGUGAACGAAUCACAGGGGCAGAACGUGAUUCGCUUCGUUCUAAACGAGGGAUCCGGGACAGGACUAGUUUACAUGUAGAACAGCAACAGAGUUUGGCAAUGGAACGUGAAUUACUGGAAAAAGAGCGGGUGGAACGUGUGGGUUUGAGGCCGAAGAGACCAAGGAGAGAUUCGUCAAACGCAGAAAAGCGUAGAAGAGAAAGUCUAACUAAUGAUGAUGGAUUGCGGAAUGCGGAGCCAUCGAGACAUAAACAAGACUUGUCAUCAUCAUCAUCAUCCUACAAAGGAUAUAGCACAUAUGAUGAAGACAGUCAAAUCAAGAAGCAAUUAAGUUAUAUAGAACGUGAAAAGAUGGAAUUGGAGCAGUUGAGAAAGUUAACGGAGAUAACGACGUCAAGUAUGUUAUCGACAAAUUUUGGUUCAUCAUCAAAUUGCAUUGCAGAUAAUAAUUUCAUUAAGAGUGACCACAGCAUUGAUCAUUACAGGUACUACGAUGAACGAAAUAUGCGAGUCACUGAGCAUUAUCCCGAUUAUCGUCAAGAUGAUCGGGUGCCCAAUUAUACGGGUUUAUCAAGCACGAUUGUAUCCGGGAAUGCACCAUCACCAUCCCGUUACGACAGCCAACGUCAAUACCAGAAUUUGAGACACGAUAUGUCAAGUAUUUAUCCAUACGAUAGUAAUCCGUCGGAUCAGCAAAAUGCGGCAUACGACUAUCGUUCUAAUCUGAAUUUACAGCCAUACACGCACCAAGAGUCAGGAUACAGACCGAGCGAACGAGACGUGAAUGAAUAUAAUCGUUACACGACCAUUGAUUCUGGACAUCAGCGAGGAGAUAGCUGCAAAGAUGUGCCGUUGAAUGCCACUUCUGCAUCACGCUAUACGUCGUCUCUGUCGUCAUCAGUAGCAUCGCGUGGCCCUUGGACAGCUCACAUUAAUCCGAUUGCUAGUAAUAGCGGUAGUAAUAAUAAUGCAAAUCAAGCAGAAGGUGGUUUGAAACCAUAUACGGGCUACAAUAUGAAUGCAGCAGUUGAUAGCAAUAAAUGGCAAUGGCCGUCAUCAUCACAAAGUAUGAUGCAACAACGAUAUAUAGGCACCAGUGAUAAUGUCAGCAGCAAAUGGCCAAUUUCACAGCAAGGAAUGUGGCGAAAUGACGACAAGAAUGUUGAUCGGAAUGAAGCAACGAAUACGUCGGCAUCGUUUAUGAACGACUAUGAAUCGAGCUAUCAGAAUCAAGGAGCGAUGUCGAAGAGAGCGAUUGAAUUGCGAGAUGUCCUUCGUAAGUCGUACGUAGCUGAGUCGAAUCCGAUCAGUGCCUAUGAUUUGAACACAUCGAAGAAUAUUCCGUCAUCAGUCACUUCCAGUCGAUAUCGUGCAGGUGUUCGACUUGCUUAUUGA